UGGAUCCAAUGAGGCAGUAACGCGUGGAUACGCCUUUAAAAGGCUCACCAUGUUGCCAUCACAUGCCCCAGCGCAGAAGUAGGAUGAGGAUGUGCUCGUUAUGUAAAACACGUUUGUUACUUUUAUUCCGAGGAUCGCGCGCGGAGACUUUGUGUUUGUGUUGUUGCUGCUGGGGGUUUCGUGGACUUUGAAGCGCAGGAGGGGGCCAGGCCCUGCCGUCUGUCAGUCCUGUUGUUGCUGCUAGUUGUUGUUCAGUAGCAACACACACGCACACAGAGACUGACUGGUGCGCAAACUGAAAGCUGCCUCUGUGUUAAUGCCAAGUGACGGAUAGAAGCGACGCGUGUGAGCGACACUCCGGGUUUGCGGAUGAACUAGAAGGACAUAUUCAAGACGCAAACAGCGCAGACAAACACUGCUCGUGUCGGGGAGGAGGAGUGUUGCCUCUUCUUCUUCUUGCGGGAGUUGUUUGCUCCGUCUCCGUCGCCGGACUUGCCUCCACCUUCGGCCGUUCGGGAAAACAAGGUGCCCCGACACGAGUGUCUCCGCCACGCCGUUGAAGAGCCUAGGUGAGGUGUAGUGGCAGAGAGAGACACGCCACGGCCCCGUGGAGAAGCAUGUGAUGACUCACGCAAGGCAGAAGGGUUCCCUCAGGCAGAGCCACAGUAGCACUGAUUGGUGGGAUAGUUGUCCUCUUUGGCCACAUGGUGGCACUAUGGGCGGCGCCUGGCCUGAGCGCUCGCUGCGAUUUGGCAGGACAAAGAAGAUAAGUGAGGUCGUCAAGCAAGGGAAAGACAUGGGGAAGAAGACGACUCACAAGAGAGGGAGAAAGGAAAAAUGUGACCAGAACAGAAAACUGGACCGACGGCGUGACAAAAAACUGGACAGGAAGUUGUAUCCCUUGAGGGGGCGAGCUGGAGGUUCAGGUGAGGAGGGCCUCAGCUGCCAUGUCCUCCUCACACGAUUGGAGGAAAGCAUUCGUGAAAAGAAGAGUUCUGAAGAAAAUGAAGAAAACAAUUCACACCGCCAUUCAUCCCUUAAACUUAAAACCAAAAAGGGGAAAAACAAUGAGAGAAGAGAAGCAAAACAUUCACCGAAAAGCAAAUCAAAGUCAGUUAGUUCAAGUCAUGGUGAAGCUCUUCAUGUCUUAGAACCACGCAAGCGUCGUCUGGCCUCUCUCAAUGCUGAGGCGGUGAACAGUCUCCUCCUGGAAAGAGCUUCUGACCUUCAGCCAGCAGCCAAACAGGCCAGGACACAGGAAGAAUCGACAAGUGGAGCAGGUUCCCCAGAUGCAGACGCAGUCAGAAGUGGUGUCCAUGGAGGUCUGAAGGCUUCGCGAGGACACACCAGUAAAGUCUCAACAUCUCACAGGCAUGAUCUGUGCCAAAGUUCAAAAAUGGCCAAGAAGGCCAAAGUCAUCCGCGGGGAGAUGAGUCAGGAGAGUCUGAAUGCCCCCGCGCCCAGACGAUUGGCUGGACUCAACGCUGCAGCUCUGCUGAAGUUAACCAGCUCCUCUGCAACCAGCAAACAGAGAUUAAAGGCUCCUCCCACAGCUACUAUCACAUCAGACUGCAAGCCUCCGGCCUCAGUCUCUACCCCUAAACAAGACUCUAGAGUCAAACUCCGACCCAAGGGACGACCACAGAAGCUGAAGGGGAAAAAGAGCCCCUCCCCACACAGCGGCUGUACAGCCUGCAAUAAGAAAGCAGACUUUGAGCCCAAAGUGGAGUGGGACACCAAUAGCUGCACCCAUAGACUGACCAAACCAGGCUACCAAUCACGCAGCAUGCUCGGUUACCCGCUGAAGCAAGUGAAGGAGGAGCAGCUGGAGACUGAACUGAGCCCGUACUACUGCUGUCCUCCAGAGGGUUCUGUGGAGUACUGCCACCGCUUGGCCUUCUUCCUGGGCCAGCAGCCCUAUGGAGAAUCAGAUGAUCAGCCCCUGAACACAGCCAUGACCCCUGUGAAGCGCGAGUGCCUCGUAUCCUCACCGUCCCUGACCCAUUCCCAUCCACACACAGCCCUGACCCUCAGUCCCCAUCCCUGCCUCUGUACUGCUGACCACUGCUUCUCAAGCUACUACGUCCACAUCGCCCACCCGACACACACUGGAACCACAUCACCGGGUCUGGCCUCGCGACCUCUGAACUUUGCCCCCUCCAGUUUGUGCCCUAACCAGAUGACUAGCUCCAAGCUGCUGGACUCGCGGAUGUCCCAUCCCUCGGGGCUGCCUCACCCCGCCUACUGCAACUCUGUGGCUUCGCCCUGCUACGGUGACGCCUGUGGGAUGAAUGGCUACACCUACAGGGCCGUGCCUCCCGUCACCAGCAGGGGGUGUUCUUACAGCACAGGAUGCACUGGAUGUACGCACAGCAUCAAAACAGAGGGAUACGCCUCCCCUCAGGGUGACCGCAGCCCGUCUCUUCUGGUGUCCCCCUCCCUGCCCAUGUCCAGCUGCCCACUGUCCACCGCGCCCACUUCCACCCAGACUAAACCCCACCUGCUGACCCCCUUGUCAGACCCAUCCCAGGCCAGGUUGAAGCUGGCCAGAGAAUGUCCUCAGAGCACCAAAACGUCCAAUGGCUCCCUGUCCAUAGGCCGCACAAGACUGCCCCAGAAACAGCCGUCGCCGGUGCCAAGCCUGAGCAGCACCAAACAAAAGAAAAUCAGCCGCAGACGCGCCACCAACGGUUGGCGGCCUGUUGGAAUGCCCACAGAGAGGGAGGUCUUCAUCGCGGGAGAAGAUGAGACAGCCCUGCGUCAGUGUUAUGAAGGAGUGGAGAGGGACGGUGAAGUGAUACGUGUCAGAGACACUGUGCUGCUACGAUCGGGCCCCAGGAAGAAGUCGCUCCCAUACGUUGCCAAGAUAUCAUCGCUGUGGGAGGACCCCAAAACAGGAGAGCUGAUGAUGAGUCUUUUCUGGUACUACCGACCUGAGCACACCCAGGGAGGACGAGAUCCCAGCGCACACUGUGAGAAUGAGAUUUUCGCCUCUCGGCAUCAGGAUGAAAAUAGUGUAGCCUGCAUAGAAGACAGAUGCUACGUUCUCCCACUAGCCCAGUACUGUAGAUUUUGUGCCUUGGUGAAGCGGCGUGCCGAAGGCGCUCCAUCUGGCAGUGCCAGCAUGGUGCCCUGUCGCCCCGAAUUCGCUCCCCCUUCCCACCGCUGUGUGCCCACAGACGUCGACCCCGAGCUGGUUUAUCUCUGCCGGCACGUCUACGACUUCCGCUACGGACGCAUCCUGAAGAACCUGCAGUAGAGGGUAGAGCGUUUGCAGCAUCUUUUGAAUUAAUCAUCACAAAACUCCCCGUCCUGCACAGAGGGGGUGG